AUGAGUACUUCAGUGGCUUAUUUAGUUAGUAUUGGGGUUCAUCCAAGGGAUAUUGGUCCCAUGGUCACUCAAUAUCCCUACGUUUUGGGGAUGAGAGUUGGGACGAUGAUUAAGCCACUUGUGGAUUACUUGGUUUCUCUGGGGUUGCCGAAGAAGAUUCUGGCUAGGAUGUUUGAAAAGAGAGCAUAUUUACUUGGAUAUGACCUUGAGGAUACUGUGAAACCAAAUGUGGAGUGUUUGAUUAGUUUCGGAAUUAGACAGGAAGCACUUGCUUCAGUCAUUGCGCAAUACCCCCAAAUUCUUGGAUUACCUCUGAAGGCUAAAUUGUCUUCCCAGCAGUAUUUCUUCAACCUAAAGCUUAAGGUUGAUCCUGAUGGUUUCGCUCGUGUUAUUGAGAAAAUGCCACAGAUUGUGAGUCUUAACCAGCAUGUGAUAAUGAAACCUAUGGAGUUUCUUCUUGGACGCGCAGUUCCAGCAGAAGAUGUAGCAAAGAUGAUUGUCAAGUGUCCUCAGCUAGUUGCUUUACAAGUUGGGCUCAUGAAAAACAGCUAUUACUUUUUUAAGAGUGAAAUGGGCAGACCAGUAAAAGAGCUCGUUGAAUUUCCAGAAUAUUUUACUUAUAGCUUAGAAUCAAGGAUCAAACCCAGGUUUCAGAGGUUGCAAAGCAAGGGGAUAAGCUGUUCUUUGGCUUGGUUUCUCAACUGUAGCGACCAAAGAUUUGAAGAGCGACUCCAUGGGCAUUACAUUGAGGCAGAGAGUGCUGGUCCGUCAUUUUUUAUGGGUGGGAAGUUGGAGUUACCAGGAAAUGAGAUUGUAUCAGAAGAGGAGGAUGAGAGUGAUGACGAAAUACUUUAUAGACGCACUGUCUCUUUGUAG